AGCAGAAAAACCAGAAAAAUGAAGAAGUAGGUGAUAUUAACUUUCUUGCUCACUCUCUCGCUCUUCUCCUUCCCCUCCUUUCAAUUCGAAUCCGAUAAGCUCCUCCUAGACGACGAGGAGUUCGGUCUCGAGGGUGCUCCACCUCGCUUCCCUGAACCCGCAUCCAUCCCUACGGCUACUAGAUCCUCUCGGAAGAGGCAUUCGGAGUCGGAGUCGGAGUCUGACCCCAGGAUCUAGUUCUCUCUAGAGCACGCUUUCGAUGACUCUGAUUUCGUUCCCGCUGGCACCUUCUCCGCCCGCCUCAAGACUUGGAAUCAAGGUGGCCAGAAAUGGUUUCACCAAUGAGGAGAAGGAGAAGUUCAAAAACUUGCUUCAAGGUGAUGACUUUUACAAGAUAAGGCUCCCAUCCAAUGUUUUAAGUCCCCCUGGGAAGGAUUAUAUUAUCUCAUCAGUGUAAGCAAGAUGUCUUCCACGGGAGGGUUUGGACAAGCAUUUUGUCAUACACAUCGUAAUUUAGAGUUAACUUUACAUGUUGGUGCUGCAUCAUCCCCUCCCCCUCCUGGGUCUGUUAAUAGGAUUGGGUUUUAAUUUAAUCAAAAUUGUUAUGAAGAAAUUUGUUUUUGCAACUUUGGUAUGUAAUGUAAUGUGGAAAGCUUUCUAACACUUCUUUGAAAUGGGAUUAAUUAUCAUAUUUUAAAAUGAAAAGCUUUAUUGUUC